UCGUAAAAUAGGUCCGAGCCAGGAAUUUGAGUUUUGUUUAGAGAACUAAUUUGAACUGUUCGAAAUGUCAAGGAACAUAUAUGCACAGAAAUGACUUCUGUUUUACUGUUGUAGCUUGCUGGCAGAAAUGGCAGUGGUAUGGUGACCACUGGCAGUUAGUAUUUUAACCCCAAUACAUGUUUUAGUCCGCAAUUUGUUAUAGCCUGAGUGUGAGGGUGGUGGUGUAAUAAUAGUAUAUAUAUGUAACAUUCAUUCAGCAUACAUUAAUUUGAAAACAUCGCGAGAUAACAAGAAGUAACUGCAGACGAAACUAGUAAGCGCUGUCUUUGCAUUGCGGCAUAUGGUUUUAGUUAGGGCCAAGGGAGUAAGCAGAGAUGUUGCCAUGUGGGGUAAACACGUGCGUGUUUAUGAUUUUAAUUUUUACCCACCUCUGGUUAAAGAAAGAAAACGCCUGGACGCCAUGCCAAAGCUGCAGGGGUUUGAUUUCUGGAGGACCACGCUGAAAGGGGCGCGCUACGUGGUGGCCCCCAUGGUGGAUCAGAGUGAGCUGGCCUGGAGGAUGCUCAGCCGGCGCCAUGGGGCGCACCUCUGCUACACCCCCAUGCUGCAUGCACAGGUCUUCGUGCGAGACAGCAACUACCGGAAAGAAAACCUCUACAAUGAUGUGUGCCCAGAGGACCGGCCACUCAUUGCACAGUUUUGUGCGAACGACCCAGAGGUCUUUGUCCAGGCAGCUCUUCUUGCUCAGGAUUAUUGUGAUGCCAUUGACCUCAAUAUCGGCUGCCCACAGAUGAUCGCAAAAAGAGGACACUAUGGAGCUUUCCUGCAGGACGAGUGGGACCUUCUUCACAAGAUGAUCACUGUGGGCAAUGAGAGACUCUCUGUUCCCAUCACCUGUAAAAUCCGUGUUUUUUCUGAGAUUGAUAAAACUGUGAAGUAUGCAAAGAUGCUGGAGAAAGCAGGAUGCCAGAUGCUGACAGUCCAUGGUCGUACCAAGGAGCAGAAAGGUCCAUUAACUGGAGUGGCAAGCUGGGAACACAUCAAAGCCGUAAGGAAAGCAGUAAGCAUCCCUGUUCUUGCGAAUGGUAACAUCCAGUAUCUCAGUGAUGUGGACCGCUGCAUUCAGGAAACAGGGGUGUUGGGUGUCAUGAGCGCUGAGGGUCAUCUUCAUAACCCAGCCUUAUUUGAGGGGAGGAACCCACCUGUGUGGGAGAUGGCAGAGGAAUACCUGGAAAUAGUCCGUCUGUACCCUUGUUCACUGUCUUACAUCCGGGCUCACCUCUUCAAGAUGUGGCACCACACGUUACAAGUCUACCAGGGGCUGCGGGACGAGUUGGCGAAAGUCAAAACCAUUGCGGGGGUGGAAGACGUUAACAGAGAGCUGAAGAAGCGCUGUCAGGAAGAAAUGGCCAAUCAAGUGGAAGGAGAGAAGCCAAAAGGAGGACUACCAUUUCCUCAUUGGAUCUGCCAGCCUUACGUCAGACCAGGGCCUAAAAAGCUUCCCGUGGAGAAUGGAGACCGCUCGACGGAAGCAAAGACGUGCAGUAAAAGAGCACUGGAGGAUGAGGAGGGCAACCCCGAAUUCUUGUCAAAGAACAAGCUGAAGAAGAAAGCACGGAACCCCCACAAGAACUUUGACCUUGCACAGAAACCUAAAUAUGCAAAAUGUGAACAGUGUGGAAAUCCAAAGGGAAAUAAAUGCGUCUUCAGUCUGUGUCGAGGGUGCUGCAAAAAGAAGGCUUUUAAAGAAACCGCAGAUUGCCCAGGCCACGGGUUACUGUUCAAAACCAAGUUUGAGAAAUCGCUGAAAUGGAAGCAUGCGGAGAAUGAAGGCAUGAUGAAUGGAGACAAGGCCGGGGGCCACAUCCAGACAGACAGCAUAACGGCACAGCUGAAUGGGACUGAGAGUGGCAAUGUGGUGUGAGCCAGGAGUGCCAGGCAUUACCCACACAAACUCUCUGCUGCUACUACCUUUUAAUGCAUUCCUAUAGGCUGCUUGUAGUGAUGAAUUUAUAGUAUUUAAGAUGUCUGGAAAUUAGGUUGCAUUCAGAACUAUGAAGCUGUGCUAAUGCUACUUUUUGUGGGUAGGGUUUAAUAGAAAUGAUGAACCUUGCAGUCAUUUUUAGACGUCUUUUCCCUUUUAGCUCAGUGCCGUGCUUGCUGGCAUUUUAAAAGCCAUUUUCCGACCUUUCUUUUGCUUCUGAAUAUUUUUCACUCCCCCCCUUGAUCAUUGUGGAGUCCUUCAUUUAGUUUUUAUGUGCAAUUCAACCCCUUGCAUCUCGGAAACCAUUUGAUAUGCAGACGUCCUAUUUUCAGGGUAAAAUCUACAGCUGUCCUUUGCCCUUUUUACACUGCUGUUUUCAGAUGAUCCUAGACAAAAGCUUUUAAGAAUUUCGCACAGAGCUGUAUUUUAUGCUAAAUUUGAUUGUGUUUAGAUACUGACCGCUGUAUCCAUUGAUAGUCUGAUUACAGGUGAACAUAUUGAAGCCAAUAUUUACAUGCAGACCCAGUAUAGUAAACUGACAUUCACUGGGAAUAUUUUGAUCUAGCGUUUUAUAUAUUUUUAAAUAUAUAUUUAAUGCGUGUGAUUUUGAUUACAUCUCCUAAAGAAAAUCCCUUGUUUCAGGGAGUUAAAGAAGUGGUGUGUGUGUUUUUAUGAACUUGAUCCAACACUGUGACAGGCACACAACAGAGAGGGGAAGCCUGAAACAUGGCCGUUGAGUGGGAGAUCUAAAUCGGACAGUAACCCUUUCAGCACGAAGUCACUUUAAAGAAAGCACAUAAUGAAUUUCUUCAGUGUCUUAAUGAUGCUGUUAUAUUUCUUGGACUUCUAUGCAGGCCUGCUGUUUUGAAAGAGUAUAUAUAGAAGAUAUGUUUACUUCUUAAAUUAAUGUCAACUCCACAAUGAUGUGUAAAAGACUGGAACCAGUUGUCGAAAUAUAAAGGUAUAAAAAUGGCUUUUGAAACACUACUGGAUGGACCCAUUAAUUAACUUCUAACAGGGAGGGGAGAGGUGGGAUUUUAUUAUAUAAAAUAUAGAUGUUAAUAUAGACUUGGAUGUUAUUAAAUUACAACAGUAAAGCUCAGGUUUUGAAAAAUACCAACAAAUAUUUGUUGGAUUCUAAAGGGACACUUGCUUGACUUUUACGAGAGAAAUCUAAAAUGUCUAAUUUUAUAGAUUUGAUGAUUGAAAACAAAACUGAUUGACUGUAGCACCCAGUGUCAUGUACUUGGUAUAAAACAUAGUGGUGCUAACAAUUGCAGCUCCAUUUCUUACUAGGUUGUUGCCUAAUUUUAAUAUUAAUGAGCCACAAUUUAUUACAUUGAACUGCCUUCUUAGUAUCCCACAUGUUUCUUUGCCCAGGCUACAAUGUCAUUUUAAAGAACCUGCUUUGCAAUACAGACUGUAUUAUUUCAAGGAUCAAUACAUUUGGGUGUUAUUAGAGACCCUGUGCACCCCACAGCCAUGAGCCACGUACACUCACACAAAUGCAGGCUUAUCAAACACUGAAAGAAGGCUCUUGUGUAGCUCUAAAGCAAUACUUCAUGCUUUUAUUUUUUGCUUUGCACUGAUCUAUCAUGCAUAACAGUUUACUUAACACAGGGGUGUUCGUUAUUUAAGUCAUUAGGGUUAUGUAAGGGUUAGCACUGAUGUACCUGCAUCUGUUGUAAAAGGAACAUGUUGUUUAGGAUCUGCUUUAGCAAUUCUGGUUGAGAAGGUGAUGAUGGUGCAGCAGUGUAAUUCAUGCCUAAGCACCCAGUGCCUAUGAUUUUGUGGAACAUAAAACAACCAUGAAACAUUACAAUGACUUGUAUCCCUUUUAUCACUGUAAUAUCUCAAUAAAUUAUAUGUAUGCAUAUUAGAUUGUGGCUUAACAGCUGUUUUCCAUUUAAGGUUUGUUUUAAACAACUUGUCUUUUUUGGCUUUAUUUGGUCAUGGGUUUGGAUUUCAUAUGCAAAUAAAAAAAAAAUUAAAAGCACUUGUUUCAGAUGUAUAAAA